AUGACUACCUACGAGAAGAUUGUGAAAGGUGCCACCAAGGUGAAGAUUGCUGCGCCUAAGCCGAAGUAUAUCGAGCCGAUUCUUAUGGCCACUCACUUCGAUAGCGGAGCUGAGGACAACUUCAAGGUGAUAAUGCGCAGCUUGGAGUCCAGGUUACGAGACCAAGCUUGGUCUGUGGUGUAUAAGCUGUUAAUUGUGAUCCACAUUAUGAUCAGAGAGGGUGAGAGAGAUGUGACCUUGGAAUACUUGGGCCACGAGAAGUCAAUUGUGCUGUUGUCAAUGUCCAAUAAGAAUAACUACGGCCAGUCCUCAGAUAUUAGAUUUGUAAACAAGUACUCGAAAUACUUGCAGGUUAGGAUCCUGCAAUUCUUGGAGACUGGAAUUGAUUACGUGAGGGACGAGAGAUCCAACAACAAGAGUUCGAAUGGGAAUGGUGGCAGGUUAAGAACAUUAUCCAUUGAAAGAGGUUUGCUCAGAGAGUGUGAGCUGGUUCAAAAGCAGAUAGAUGCGUUGUUAAAAAACUCAUUCAUGGAGAACGAAAUUAAUAAUGACAUUAUAUUGACCAGUUUCAGGUUGCUUGUGAAUGAUUUGUUGGCGUUGUUUCAAGAAUUGAACGAAGGUGUGAUCAACUUAUUAGAACAUUAUUUUGAAAUGUCUAAAGUGGACGCUGAAAGAGCAUUAAAGAUAUAUAAGAAGUUUGUAGAUCAAACGAAAUAUGUCAUUGACUACCUUCGAGUUGCCAAGCAUUUGGAAUAUGCCACGAAAUUGCAUGUUCCUACUAUUAAGCAUGCCCCAACUGCAUUGACCCUGCUGUUGGAAGAAUAUUUAGAGGAUCCAAAUUUUGAAGUUAAUAGAAGACAAUAUUUAUUAGAAAAGAGCAAGAAGAACGGAGUUCACGUGGGAAAGAGGGAUGAAAAGAAGGAAGAGAAAGUGGCAUCGACAGAAGAUGGUGCGAGAAAUCACUCGUUGGUUAUUCAACAAAGCACAUUUAACCCAUGGGGCAACAUGAUUGACCUGCAGCUGCAGCAGCAACAACAGCAACAACUCCAACUCCAGCAGCAGCAGCAGCAGCAGCAGCAGCAGCUCCAGCAACAACAGUACCAAGAACAGCAACUACAAGCUCAGCUUCAACAACAGCAACUUCAACAACAACAGCUUCAGCAGCAACAACAGCAACAACAACAACUCCAGCAGCAGCAACUUUUACAGCAGAGUACAUCUCCAUUCCAAGCCCAACAAGCACAAAUACAACCAACAUUCACAGGAUUUGGUAACAUUCAACCUCAAUCUACUGGAAACCCAUUCCUUCAAAGUACCCCUACAGGUCAAUUGGCUAAUGGUACUGGUACGUUCCAGCAGCAGCAACUACAACAGCCCGCUCUUAACAGGUCAAGUACCAAUCCGUUUGCAGGUAUGACAGGAAAUAACUCUGUUACUGGGAACAAUAGAAGUUCUGUCAUUUCUGCUAACAAUCCAUUUGCAAAUUCCAGAUUUUCAUCAGCAAGUGGAACGACUGCUUUGACAUUUAACAACGGAGGCCAGCAGGAAAAUAAGGUAGAGGCCAAUUCUACUGGAAACCCAUUCAAAGUUUCGCAAACGACGUCUACUCUAUUCAAUAGUGCUCGACCAGUGCAAUUAAAGCCUCAAGCGACCGCGGGGGGUUUGGAGAGGUUACCAACUAUUUCCGUAUUUCCGGAGACCCAAGAAGCAAGCAGACAGCAGAAUUUGUUACAAAAUGCUCAGUUACAAUUGCAACAGCACAAUACCCAACAACAAUUGCAACAACAACAUACUCAGCAGCAGUUGCAAUUCCAGCAGCAGCUACAACAACAUCAGCAACAACAGCAACAGCAGCAACAGCAACAACAACAACAAUUUCAACAACUCCAACAGCAGCAAACACAAUUCCAGUUCCAACCAUUUCAACAGCAACCUACACAGGCAUGGCAACCAAACGGGCAGCAAUUCCAACAAUAUCAGCAACCAACUGGCCCCUAUCAGGAACCUCCUAGUUUAAUUUAA